GAAGGAAGUGUGCAACAGCUUUCAUUCAACUUCACGACCAAAGCUAGUUUGCUUCUUUGACUCUUCUGCUUCAUUCAUCUUCAAACCCGAACCUCAUCAUGGUGUCUAUGGGACGACAGAUACUGGGCUUUGCCCUCGCCAUCAUUGGAUUCUUGGGGACCAUCAUUGUUUGUGCCCUGCCUAUGUGGAAGGUGACAGCCUUCAUUGGAGCCAACAUUGUGACAGCGCAGAUCAUCUGGGAAGGCUUGUGGAUGAACUGUGUGAUGCAGAGUACAGGCCAGAUGCAGUGCAAGAUCUACGAUUCUCUACUGGCUCUACCUCAGGAUCUCCAGGCUGCCAGGGCUCUCGUGGUCAUUGCCAUUAUUGUUAGUUUUUUUGGGAUCAUCCUGGGUGUCGCUGGGGGAAAGUGCACAAACUUUAUCGAAGAGGCCAAUGCCAAAGCAAGAGUGGCCAUUGCUGCUGGAGUUCUGUUCAUCUGUGCUGGUGUUCUUGUCCUCGUUCCUGUGUGCUGGUCUGCUGACACCAUCAUCAGGGAUUUCUACAACCCCCUCAUGACCGAUGCCCAGAGGAGAGAAGACACAACGAUGGCUUCCAUGGGGAUGCAGAUUUUUGGUUGUGCCAUGGCCCUUUUUGGCUGGAUUGGGGUGAUCAUUGCCUGCGGCACACCCAUGUGGCGAGUCACCGCUUUCAUUGGCAACAACAUAGUGACAUCGCAGAUCAUGUGGGAGGGCAUCUGGAUGAGCUGCAUGGUACAGAGCACUGGUCAAAUGCAGUGUAAGGUCUACGACUCCAUGUUGGCUUUGAGCACAGACCUCCAGGGGGCCCGAGCUCUGGUGGUGGUCUCCAUCAUCACAGGCAUUGCAGGACUCCUCAUUGCUUUCAUUGGUGGAAAGUGCACUAACUUUAUUUCAGAAGAGACGACCAAGGCGAAGGCCUCGAUAGGAGCAGGUGUGGUGAUGAUCAUCAGCGGGAUCCUCUGCCUCAUCCCUGUUUCUUGGACAACCAGCAUUAUUAUCCGGGACUUCUACAACCCUCUGGUCAUUGAAGCACAGAAAAGAGAGAUCGGAGCUUCUCUUUACAUCGGCUUUGCAGCUGCAACACUGCUAAUCUUGGGAGGGGGGCUUAUGUGUACCAGUUGUCCCCCUAAGGAAGAAAAAAGCCCCUCUGUGAAAUACCUCAUAAACAAGUCUGGAGUAAACAGCAAAGGAGAGUCAUACCUGUCUGAUACACCAACAAAGACAUAUAUCUGAGCUUUUAACGUCAAUGGGACAAGUAGAAACUGGGUGGAUUGUUACUGUCCAGAGGAAAUAAAGGAGACUUGGUGGUGUUCAGCUACUGAGAAGCAAAAUGAAGGAGGACACUGAUACACAUACAUACAACCUACAAGGAAGCAAAUAACUUUAUUGCACUUUAUCAUUAUGGUAUAUAAUAUAAAUUACACUUUGAAUGAAGACCCCUGCAGUCUGAGCUUGCUUUACUCUUAAUAAUUUAUAUCUGUAUUACAUGAUAAAUUCAAGAAAUACAAACUAUGUUUUAUCUGUGUUUUUUUAAAAUAUUGGUUUAAAUGGAAACAAAAUGUUUUUUAACAUCACUAUUAACCAUUUUGAUAUUAUUUUUUCUUAAUAAAUGACAAACCAUUAUGAAACCUUCCUGUGAGAGAACUUGUUUACUUGCUGUCAGGAGGUGGAGCUGUGAGGAUUUAAACCAAACAAGGUGAAAACCUGUUUUUCAGGUACUUACCAAAAUCACAGUCCUGCUGGCUGAAGUGUUUGUAAAGUAUAAAAAUAUGGCUUGUACUUAGUUUCAGUAGUACUGAGACAUAGACUUACAAAGACUAAAUAUGUCACAAAAAUUAAAACCAUUGUUAAUGUGAAUUUUUCCCCUCAGAAUCUAAAUAAUAAAACAUUCACUUUGCUUUGGUUAGAUGACUUGACAUGUUGAUGUUUCCCGACUUGUUAACCUGUUCUUUUCCGUUAUUAAACAGCAAAAAAAAAAAAAAAAAAAAAAAA